AUGAACAAGAUCUUUCUCCAGAUGGAUAUCAAUGGCAGCGCUACUGCUGGAACAAAAGUCCUACCCAGAGAGGAAGGCUGCAGCCGUCUCUGCUGCUCACGUCAAGGGGCCUGCCUCUCCGCCUCCGUGCUGCUCCUGCUGGCAGCUCUUGCAGCCCUGCUCGCGCUGGUCGCCAUCCUUGGACCCCCACCUCAUGCACCAGGGGCCCAGACCUGCAUGACACUAGCAAACAGGACGGGUUUCUUGUGCCAUGACCGAAGGAGCUGCAUCCCAGCCAGUGGGGUCUGUGAUGGUGUCCGCACCUGUGCCUAUGGUGAGGAUGAGGACGAGGCUUUGUGCCGAGAUGUGCCCCAGGGCCUCCCCAGCUUCCUCGUGGCCCGCUGUGGAGACCCCGCUUCCUGGAUCUAUUCAGACCAAAAGUGUGAUGGGACCAACAACUGUGGGGACUGUUCAGAUGAACGGAGCCCAGUGACGGUGUGUCCACCCUGCAGCCCUGGGUGGUGGCGUUGCCCCUCAAUUGUCUUCGAGUACUGUGACUGUAUCCCGAGGCGCCUCUGCAGGGACCGAGUGCAGCACUGUUCUGACUGGUCUGACGAGUACUCCUGUCCUGGACCCUGAGCGGGUACCCAGGCCAGAGAGGCCGGUUGCAAUGGCACCCGUUGCCUUUCACCUGAAUCUGCGAACACAAGGAUCUGCGAGGGAACACAAAAGGCCUACGAGGUCACCUAGAGGGGCCGAUGUACUGUCGUUGGUGAACAGAACUGCCUCUCCUCCUUUCAGUUGUCCAGCCUC